CCCGUAGCUCCUCCCCCUGGUGACGUAGCUCCUCCCCUCAAUACGUCACAAGGUCCCUUCAGCCCCUCCGAUAUAGAACCAACCCGGUUAUUAUAGUUCAGCAAGCACUUCGAAGGUCAAGUAUUGGUCAUGCUUCUGAUGACACCUAGUAAAUAGCAAUUAUUUUGAAUCCUACAUCUUGUUUAUGCUGUAGAGUAAAUGUAAUCAAAGCACAUUUACUUAAUGAAUUUGAUAUUUGAACGAUUAGGCCAUCGAUAAAAUGUGGUAUUUUGGUAAAUGGCAAAUUGUCCGUAGUCUGCGAAAGUGCAGCUUGUUAACGCUUGUGAGCAAGGCCGGGUACGGGGAUGGCCGAAACGCACGGCCGCAUCUUCUCACCACCCCGAUAUUCUAUGUGAACGCAGCUCCACAUCUGGGACACGUGUACUCUGCUCUGCUGGCUGAUGUGCAGCACCGGUACUCCGCGCUAUGUGGGAGGGACACGAGACUGAGCACUGGUACUGAUGAGCAUGGUAUCAAGGUACAACAGGCUGCGGUUUCUUUGGGCUCAGAACCAUCCAAGUUAUGUACAAAAGUGUCUCAGCAAUUUCGCACUAUGUUUGAUGCAAUGGCCAUCUCCUAUACUGAUUUUGUGCGUACAACAGAACCUCGCCAUGCACAAGCAGUCUGUGAUUUCUGGAAGACUCUGGAAGAACAAGGAUAUAUCUAUAAAGGGACAUACCAGGGCUGGUAUUGCACAUCUGAUGAGGCAUUCUUAAGUGAGGAACAAACAACAGAGUGUAAAGACUUGGAAGGCAACAAAAUACGGGUAUCGUUGGAAAGUGGGCAUGAGGUACAGUGGAUGAGUGAAGAAAAUUACAUGUUUCGACUGUCUUCGCUACGUCCUAAACUCCUUUGUUGGCUUCAGACAGACCCAAUCCGCCCAGCACCAUUCUUUCACAUAGUGCGACAAUGGCUUGAGGAGGAACUACCAGACCUUUCUGUGUCACGCCAGAGAAAUCGUGUAUCUUGGGGAAUCCCUGUGCCUUCUGACCCAUCUCAUACUAUCUAUGUCUGGCUGGAUGCCCUAGUCAAUUACCUGACAGCUGCAGGAUAUCCAAAUCCAGAUUUCUCUCCUUGGGGCCCAUCAACACAUUUCCUUGGCAAAGAUAUUUUGAGAUUCCAUGCUAUAUACUGGCCAGCUUUCUUAAUAGCUGCUGGUCUUCCUCCACCUUCAAAUUUAUUUGUCCAUUCUCACUGGACGUGUGAAGGAGUUAAGAUGUCAAAGAGCCUUCAAAAUGUGGUAGAUCCUGCAGAAUGUAUUAUUCAGUACACAAGAGAUGGAUUACGAUAUUUCUUGCUUCGCAAUGGUUCCCCUGAGCGAGACUGUGAUUUUACCCACAACACCGUACGUAAACUGUUAAACUCUGAGCUUUCCGAUGCUCUUGGUGGGCUUUUAAACCGCUGCACAGCAAAUACCAUUAAUCCACAACAAUCUUGGCCACAUUACCAGUAUAUGAAUGUGCCACCCUCUGCAAAUGAUGAACUCCAGAGACUGCUGGGAGCUUUGCAAGAGCUCCCAGGAAAGGUAGACCAAUUUAUGAAUAUAUUCCAAGUGCACAAAGCCUUAGAGGCAAUUGAUAGUAGCAUUCGAUGUUCAAAUGCCUUCUUCCAAAGUCAGGCUCCAUGGAAGUUGCUUAAAGGGGGGGAAGAAGAGAAGGCCUGGGGGUAUUCUGUGCUGUAUCUUACCCUUGAAGCACUUAGACUUUAUGGUACCCUCCUGCAGCCUGCAAUUCCUGGCUUGGCUAAAACAAUCCUGGAUAGGCUUGGUGUUGCCAAUGUUUAUAGAACACUGAAAGGUAACCAAUUUUUCACAGCUGUAUGGGGGCAAAAAUGUUGCUACCAGGGCCAAGCUCUAGGACCUGAUUGUGGUCUCCUAUAUCCCAGACUAGAUAGGGAAAAACAUCUUUGAACUAAAGAAAAAAAAUUAUUUGAAACAAAGCCUUUAUAACUUCAAAUGUAUUUUCCAUAUAUGUGUUAAUGCAGACAUUAAUAAAUAAUCAUGUUAAGAAAGCACACUACAAA